AUGUCGCCUCUGGUGGUGGAAGAGAUUGAUGAUGAUGUUGCCAACUCAUCUUCCAAGAACAUCGCAUGGGAACCAAUCGAGCUCACUCUGAAGACUCUUCUCCUCGACGUGGCGAGAUACAUUGACGAGACUCCGGCACCUCCAGACGAUGCAGAUGCCAUCAGCCAAGUCACAGUCCCAGACGUGUUAGCGAAGCAGCCUAUCGUGCUGCGCUUCACUGGAGGAUGGGUGCGCGACAAGUUGCUAGGCAAAAAGAGUCACGACAUUGAUGUCGCCAUCAAUAAGAUGACUGGUUAUCAGUUCGGUCUUCGACUCAAAGAAUAUCUGGAAAUUCCUGGUAACCUUGCGAAGUAUGGUCUAGAAUCAAUUGCUUCCAGCGACAAGCAAAAUCAGAAAGCUGGCAAGACCGACAGGUCCAAGUCAGUUGGAGGGCUGCACAAGAUCGAAGCCAAUCCCGAAAAGUCCAAACAUCUCGAGACCACCACCAUGCAGAUUCUUGGCCUGGACAUCGACCUCGUCAAUCUUCGGAAGGAAACCUACUCGGACGAGGAGGGACGCAUCCCGCAAAUCGAGUUCGGGACGCCAGAAGAAGAUGCCGAGCGGCGCGAUGCGACUGUGAAUGCCAUGUUCUAUAAUCUCAACGAGGACAUCAUCGAAGACUUCACAGGAAAAGGACACGACGACAUGAGAGCAAAGAUCAUCCGGACGCCUCUUGCGCCAUAUCAGACCUUCAAGGAUGAUCCACUCCGUGUUCUGCGACUGAUUCGCUUCGCUAGCAGACUUGGAUAUACCAUCGAGUCGAGCGCGCUAGAAGCGAUGAGCAACGCAGAGAUCAAGGACGCACUCCGUGUCAAGAUCAGUCGUGAGCGCGUUGGCACAGAGCUGGAAAAGGCACUUCAAGGACCAGAUCCUCACGAGGCUUUGCGACUAAUCUUCUCCCUCGACCUGUACGAGACCAUCUAUUCGGAUCCGGCCAAGGCUGAAAGCGACCACUACAGACCACAGUGUGAGGAAUGGAAAGUGCUUAUCGAUACUCUACAAGAUAUCAUUGCAAACGGCGACGUCUUGCAGAGCGAGCUUGCGCGUAGCCAAGAUGAUGGGCAUCGUGAAGAAGAAGUGAUGGCGUGGCAACUUGCCGCCCUUGUGCCGUAUCGAGAUGCUCCUCUUCCGGAACCAUCUGCACCUGGGAAGAAGGCACCGCCUCCGAUAUCAGUGCAAGUAGCUAAAGAAGGCAUCAAAGCGACUAACAAGAUAUGCGACGUGAUCAACGCUUCUGUCAAGAAUCAGUCAGAGAUCUCAAACCUGGUAGACGAGCUCUAUCAGAAGAAGCGUAGACCGGACAAAAUGAUCGAAGGUGAUGAUCCUGCCGCGCGCGAUGUUCUGGGAAUGGCAAUCCGAAGAUGGGGCACAACUUGGCGGAGCCAAGUUCUAUACUCCUUGCUAGUUGAAGUCGCAAACACCCCAGACCAGGUUGAAGCCAUCGAGCGAAGAUAUGCGACCUUCGUGCAACAUCUGCGCGAGCUCGAUGUCACAGAAGCAUGUACUUUCAAGACUCUUAUGGACGGCAAACAACUCGCCAAAGCCAUUGGCACCAAGCCUGGACCAUGGAUGAAGGAUGCUCUCGAUGUGAUCAUGGCGUGGCAGCUUCGAAAUCCUGGCUCCACGGACUUAGAACAAGUGAUUGAAGAGGUGAAGAACCACCAAGCAAAGGGUGAGCUCACUUCUGACCUGAUUCGGCAUUUCUUGAAGCUUACCGUUCGUCCUCUUUUCAUCAAGGCCAGUCCAGCAACGGUCACUGAACAGGGUCGCCGAGUCACGACUGAGCGAUUACCUGCAAAGCCCACAAUCAGCUCUACGGACGAUAGUGUCACCAAGCCUUGGAAAUGUGCAAAGGAUGCAUAUUCAUUAGACAUCUUAAAAUGGGUGGUGCACAGCUUGGACGAAGAAAGUGUAGCUGGAGUCUGGCCCUUGGUGAUUCCCCCACUCCUGACACUAGUGGACGACUGGGAAGCCAAGUAUAAAACCAUUGGCGCCGACUUCAUAUCUGCACUUCUCGAGGCCACACCUCCUUCUCUCCUUGAAAGAACCGGCCUAGGCGAGGUGUUUGAGCAAGCUCUUACGCCAUGCUUAACAUACCUACCGACCAUCACUGAAGAGGAAGAAUCCGUCCCACUCCUCUCAUCAGUCUACCCAGCUUUGCUCAGUCUGAGCCGGAAGCGUUUUCCAGUCGUAGAAAGCGAUACUGCUAUAACCAUGCAAACCCCACUCACCCAACCCGACCGUCUUCGGAUCAAGUUCCUUGACACCGUCAUUCGCAAAGGUAUCAUUUAUGGGUACUCACACUGUGGUUCCACCCACCCAGCCCUUACCACAGUCCUAUUCGAUCACCUCGCCAUGUACCUUCACGAACUCAAGAUUGAUUGCGUCAAGCAUUUGAAAUUCAUCAUCCCCAUACUCAGCGAAGCACUUUCCAAUCCCACCGGAUCAGCUACUGUUGCAAUGCUAAUUAGCGCCACGAACGCUCUGCGCGCUAUCAUGCGAAACGCGUGGCCGAGAAUGGCAAACUACCGAGGCGAGAUCCUCAAGGGGUUAUGCAUGUGCUGGAUCAAGAUCGUGGAUCUCGAGGGCAUGGAGGUAUUGAGAGCAAAGUUGCAAGAGAACGUCAAAAUGCUAGAAGCGGCGAUGGGGGCAGAACCUUUCUUCUUGAAGGAACUUCAGCUUCUCGUGGAAGCGGAUGGCAGGCUCAAAGGCUUGUUGUUGCACUAG